AUGCAACCAGAUUUCCAAACAUUGCGUCUGCCGAACGAUUGUGAGCGACAAGAGAUUGUUGCUGUAAUUUUUGGAGAAGAGUCCAGGGCUGAUGCGAGCAACCCCAAAUUUGACUCCUACUUCAGGUACUACCACUCAGUCGUGUGUCCAGCUGCUGUCGGAGACGCAGCAAUCGCCGUGGAAACUCCUGUUCUCAGGUCGCACGCAUGCUUGAUAAGAUGCGUCGGGCUUCUCAUCAAGAACCCUGCAUUGACUUUUGAUGACUUCAUCAAGCAAGCCGUCGGUGCGGAGCAGGUAGCUCGCGGAGAGGAAACCCACAUUGCCAGGGUGACCGUCGAGGCGGCAUUCGGCAUCAACUGCGUGUCCAGAGGCUACUACCCGGACGGGUACAAAGGAGCAGGUGCCGGGCGGGUUCGAUGGGAAGCGAACACCCCAUUCGCCAAGUUCAUGGAAGAUGCAUUCACAUGUGCCACGCGACUCGCGGAUCCAUCAGAGCAACGGCUGAAAAGCUCGACGAUUUGGAGACACAAGAGGUCGCUCAAGGCCUGGAAGCUAAAGAAACGUCACAAGUUGAAGUUGAGACCUACCAAUAACUUGCUUGAGCACCUAUCAUACGACCCUUCGACAAGAGUCCUGAGGAUCUAUCACCACGUAUCAUUUCUCAGGAACCAACUUCAAAAGACGCGCAACGAGCCGCUGGAUCUAUCAUUCCAGGACAGUUUGAGGCGGGGCGCACUCCCGCCUAGGUUAAUUCUCGAAACGCUCUUGACAUUCCAUGACAUACUCUUUCCAAUAGCCACGUUCGGCGACAGGCGGUCGCAUGCGAUGCUACGAAAGCUCAUGAAGCGGCAUGGGUUUGAUCCUCAAGGAAACUUGGUUCAGUACGUCCGAUCGAUACCGGAAAACAUCACGUUCGAGUACUGGGGAGAUCGCUUGUCAACGAUAUAUGGUAUCGUCAAGAGCCCCCCACCGACCAACGUUUUCAUGAACUGGCUCGAGAGGCACACUUCGGAGAGGAACGCUCUAACCGUUGCGAUCGUCGGUCUUCUAUUAGCAGCUGUCUUCGGGUUCCUGAGUUUCCUGGUAGGCUUGCUUCAGCUAAUUCUUGCCUGGGUUGUCUGGAAGAACCCCACGUCCUAG